CUGCAGCAUUCAGCCAAUCAACCAUGAAGACCAUCUUCGUUCUAGCCGCUCUGGUAGCGUUCGCUACCGCUUCGUCCAUCCCGGACACCCGUGGACUGAAGGAAGACUUCCAGGAUUUCGUUGACCUUGUUCCAGUGGAAAAAUUCGCCGAUCUGGCCAUUCGCUACCUCACCACCGAUAAGGAGUUCAAGGAAUUCUUCACCUACCUGAAGGGAAAGGAGUUCUCCGCCGUUUGGGAUCAGUUCUUCGCGCUGAAGGAAGUCAAGGAUGUCCUGAACUACCUGGAAGAUGCCCAUCUGGAUGUGUACGAUGCGCUGAACUUUGUUGCCGAUUUCCUCGGACUGCACCACGUCCAGCCGUCCGUCAAGAGUCUGAAAGCCGGAGGAUUGUGCGGAUUUGUGGAUGAGGCUCUGGCUUUGCUGCCCUUGGGCAAAUUCCAGGCUCUGUUCGAAGAAAAGCUGAAGACCAGCCCCGAGUUCAAGGCAUUCUUCGAGAAGCUGCAUAACACAGAUUUCCACAAAUUUGUCGAUUUCUACAACAACUCCAAGGAAGUUCAGUCGCUGUUCCAGAAGCUGCGCAACUACGGAGUUGAUGUUGAUUACUUCUUUGACCUUGUUGCUGGAUUUUUCGGUUGGGGAAAGUUUUAGUGAUGAGGCUGCUUUGUACGGGA